UUCUCCACGUGCCUAUCCAAACACACCCUCUGCAUCUCUCAUUUUCUUUCAGUAGGUAACCUUUUUUUUUAACCUUUUAUUUUCUCCUUUUCUUUUCUGAUACACCUCCAGGCACAUGGCGACUUCGAAGACGAUCACAUUGACGAGCUUGGACGGCAAAACCUUCGAGGUGGAGGAGGCGACGGCGAAGGUGUCGGAGUUCCUGAAGAACCUGAUUGAAGACUUUGACCACGGCGAUCACAAAUUUCCUCUGCCCGUGGACAGCGAAACCUUGGCCAAGGUAAUGGAGUACUGCAAGAAGAAUGCUGAGACCCCAAACUCCGGUGAUAAGAACGCCGUCGAUGAUGAGCUCAAGAACUUUGAUGCCGAUUUCAUAAAAAAUAUCGACCUGGAUACCAUAUACGAUCUCGUCCAGGUAGCUAAGUAUCUGGUCAUCAGGGGCCUGCUAGAUCUGACCGGUCAAGCACUGGCGGACAUCCUCAAGGGAAAGACUCCGGAGGAGAUUCGCAGGACAUUUAACAUUAAGAACGACUUCAUUCCAGAGGAGGAAGACGAGGUCCAUGAGGAGUCUGAUUGAGCGUCCAACUGAUACAUAAAACGGCUAUGCAAAUAUCAACAAUAUGAUAGGCGGCUAAGUAUCUGAACGUGAAGGGCAUGCUAGAUCUGACCUGUUAAGUAGUGGCAGACAUUAUCAAGGAAAAUACUCUGGAGGAGGUUCGCAGGACAUUUAACAUUAAGAAUGACUGCAUUCCAAAGGAGGAAGAUGGGGUCCACAAGGAGUCUGAUUAGACAACCAACUGAUACAUAAAACUGCUAUGCAAAUAUCGAUGGUAGUCUCGUUUCUAAGAUAUCAAAAUUUUCAACAAAUCAAGUUACUUCACCGAGCUAUUGCUUGCACUAGUUGGCCUCUCACCUGAUUUGGGCCUCCUGAAAAGGUUAUUUUGAAGACAUUGCCUACACUUGAAUCCUUCAGCUAAAGGACACAAUUAAACAUCUUUGCAAAGAUUUUGAUUUUGAUUUUUUUUGCUAAUACUCGCUUUCAGUUGUCAAAUUUUAACUAUUUAUUUAUUUAUGUAAAUAUUUCUAUCUUUGCUUUGUAUUGCUUUGAUUAUUUUUAUUGAGUGUUGUGUUUUUUCUUUAACUUUUCAAAGUUGACGAAUUUUUGCACUUACUCUUUGGCGCUGUCUGUGGGAAUACGUAUAGAAAUAUACCCCCACACGAGUGCAGUAGAUCAACAGAUGGAAUUGAUGCAGAAGAUGCGUGAAGAGUUUAUGCAACAGUUCGAGACGCUCCGACAAGCAAAAGAAGCCAGCACGGCUCAAAUCACGUUGCUUCAGUAACGAAAUGAUGCUUUUCAGACAACUAUAGAGUAGAUGGCGGCACAGCCACCACCAGCUAAUGCUAACCUGCUGAACGAAGCCCAAGGAGGUCUCCCGAACCCCGCUAUACCUCUAGGGCGGAAGCCCAAGCCAGCGAGGGACAGAGGGAGCAGAGGCGAGAACGUCAGAGAACCACCCCCACCAGCGUGAGCAUGACGAACAGGCCGAAUUCAGUGGCAAACUCACAGUAUGGUCCAACGGCAUCCCAGAUCCCUUUGACGAAAGAAGGAUGCUGAGGGUUUAGACGCCAGGAGAGAUGAAAGAAUUAGUAGUAUCAGCAUCUCCAUGAAUAUGAAUGCAAAAAAUGGUGUCCAGGGUCGAAAAAGAUGGUGUCCGAGGCCGUUCGGUGGCAGUCUUCUCGUGAGAUGUGAUAGUGAUAGGCAACAUUGUUGUUGAGUAGUUCAAAAUCUUCGGUGAUUACAAGGUUUCGUGGGCGAUCAACGUUGCUGGCAAAUUAAUUCUCUAAAUUUGCAGAGCACUGACGAAGUCUAGAAUUUGUUGGUUAUUUUCCGAUAAUGCUUUGGACGAUGUAGUUGUAAGCUUUCUUUUCUAUUCUGGUGGUCCCAUAUCAUACCACACCCCUUUGGAGACACCAGUUUUUUCUAGAUGGUUGGUUGUAGAUAUUGUUGGAGUCACCAAACUCGUUUUGUGAGAUUGGCUUUUUUUGUGAUCGAUAAUGAAUGAAAUGUUGGACUUGGCCAGCGUCGACGACAAAGGCCAAGAACACGAACACCAUUAUAGAUCAGAUUAAUAAUUUCUAGGUUGUAAUUUGUUGGGACUAGAACACGUUUUUACAUAGACGCAACGGUCGGAGAUUCCUGCAAGACGAGAAAUAACGAUUAGCGUGGUGCCAACUGGAUGCACUUUAACGAUCAAGUUAGUACUUAUUAUGAAUAUUUUAUAAAUGAUUAAAUAUAAAAUUUAUGCCUUAUGUUUUUAAA